ACGAGUGGUACAGCCCCUCUAGGGAGAGGGCUGCAGACCCGGGCCUUCAUCCUGAGCGCGGUUGCCUCAGGCCGGCCCUGCGGAGAGACGGCCGUGGCACGCGCGCGCCGCUUAUUGGGCCUUGGUACCGUCGUUCCCCCGGCGCGCCUGCGGAUUGGCCGGCAGAGCUGGAGGAGGCGGGUGGACACUGCGGCGGGCUUCAGGGGGCUGUUUCGACCUUCUGAGCCGUUUUUGCCCUGCAGCCCUGGCUGGGCCAGUCUCGGCCCGGGUGAUUCUGGCGCUCGGUCUUGUCUUCCUCUUCCGAAGACGCCACAAGAUGGCGGCGCCGGUGGGCGGAGCUACGGCAUGGGAUCAUGGAGUCUGGCCCAGGUCUUUGGGGCUUGGGCAGGAGGCCGACUGCAGGACCCUCCUCUCUCUAGGCUGCCGGGUCUUUGUGGUUCGGCGAGGCCUCUGCCGGGCUCCGAUGGCCCGUGUAGCCUGUCUCAGAAGCCGUUUGAGCUGCGCGGUGUCGGACCCCCGAGUCCUGCUUUAGCGCGGGUGGAAGCCAGCUCCGGGAUUAGCCUCUUUGGGCGCCAUCUGUGUGCCCCGCGCGUGGUGGCACAGAUUGCGCGUAGAAGACGACAUUGAGAGACAAAUGCAGAGUAUUUCCUUGUGUAAAGCUGGAAACCUGUUGUGCCUUAGGCCUAGUGACAGAUCGGCCGUUUUCCUUUAGAUAGUCAUUAGUGGUGGCCCAGAGGAGCCAACGGGUUGCGUGGGAGGGGACGUGCCCUUUAUCAACUUGGCUUCAGUGCCUACUUAAAGUAGGACAGAGCUUUUCGAGCUGAGCUACCUGCUGGCAGCCUUUAGAAGUAGAGCCUCCUAGGAGGCCUUUGCUCUGUGCUGGGAACCGAGUUUAUUCAGAGAGGACAGUUGGAACAUGCCGGAUGGGGCUUCUCCGGGUGUAGAGAAGCUGCUCAUCCGAUGAUCCUGGACGCAGUACCUAGGGAAGACUCAGAUUUCGAACGGUAGCUGGGUAGCAAGGUCCUAACAGCAGAAAUUGCAGAAACAUCAUUUGUAGUGUACUUUGGGUGUCUUCUGGGUCCUAGAGGAGGCUCAACCUGGCUCUCCUGGCCUUUAGCAGUCUGGAUCCUGCCAUUCUUGCCUCUCAUCAGAUCUUUCUGCAGGCUAUGGGGCGUGGAGUACAGGACCUGCCAACACCCAGGGUGCAUAUGGAACCAGUGUGGCUGGAUGGCAAGGUUAUGAAAACUACAAUUAUUAUGGCGCCCAGAACACCAGUGUUACCUCAGGAGCAACCUACAGCUAUGGCCCAGCCUCGUGGGAGGCCACCAAGGCCAGUGAUGGUGGCUUGGCAGCGGGGGCCCCUGCUAUGCACAUGGCCUCUUAUGGCCCAGAGCCAUGCACGGACAAUUCUGACUCCCUCAUUGCCAAGAUCAACCAGCGCUUGGACAUGAUGUCCAAGGAAGGAGGCAGGGGAGGGAGCGGCAGCAGUGGGGAGGGCAUGCAGGACCGGGAGAGCUCCUUCCGUUUCCAGCCAUUUGAGUCCUAUGACUCCAGGCCUUGCCUGCCUGAACACAAUCCUUACCGCCCAGGCUACAGCUAUGACUAUGACUUUGACCUGGGAUCCGACCGCAAUGGCAGCUUUGGUGGGCAGUACAAUGACUGCCGGGACCCAGCCCGAGAGCGAGGCUCCCUUGACGGUUUCAUGCGAGGCCGGGGCCAGGGCCGCUUCCAAGACCGGAGCAACCCCAGCACCUUCAUGCGCAGUGACCCCUUCAUGCCACCCUCAGCCUCUGAGCCUAUGUCCACUCCUUGGAAUGAGCUGAACUAUGUGGGCGGACGGGGCCUGGGCGGCCCUUCCCCAAGCAGGCCACCUCCAUCCCUCUUCUCCCAGUCCAUGGCUUCUGACUACAACGUAAUGGGCAUGCAGGGGGCGGGCAGUUAUGACAGCCCAAUGCCUUAUGGAUGUGGCCAGUCACAGAUGCGGCUGCGGGAUCGAGAUCGGCCUAGGAGGAGAGGGUUUGACCGCUUUGGACCAGACAGCAUGGGCAGGAAACGGAAGCAGUUUCAGAUUUACGAGGAGCCGGAUGCCAAACUGGCCCGGGCUGACAGUGAAGGAGAUUUUUCUGAAAAUGAUGAUGGAGCUGGUGACUUCCGGUCAGGAGAUGAAGAAUUCAGGGGUGAGGACGAAUUCUGCGACUCCGGGAGGCAGAGAGGGCAUCCUGACCCUGCCGUGUGGUGGAGGGAGCAGCCAAGCCGCAGCCCCAACAAGGCCCUGGAGUGCAGGUCCCUCAGAGCAUCUGGAAGGAACUUGUCUGUUAUAGGAGAGAAAGAUGAGGAGGAUGAAGAAGUGAAGAAGAGAAGAGAAAAGCAACGAAGGAGAGACAGGAUGCGAGACCGAGCCGCUGAUAGGAUUCAGUUUGCCUGUUCUGUCUGUAAGUUUCGUAGCUUUGAAGAUGAAGAGAUCCAGAAACAUCUGCAGAGCAAAUUUCACAAAGAGACGCUGCGGUUUAUAAGUACCAAACUCCCUGAUAAGACAGUGGAGUUCCUCCAGGAGUAUAUCAUCAACAGGAACAAGAAAAUUGAGAAGCGGCGUCAAGAACUGAUGGAAAAGGAAAGCACAAAACCAAAACCAGAUCCUUUCAAAGGGAUUGGCCAGGAGCAUUUCUUCAAGAGGAUUGAGGCGGCUCACUGCCUGGCCUGUGACAUGCUGAUUCCAGCACAACACCAGCUUCUCCAGCGGCAUCUGCAUUCUGUUGACCACAAUCACAACCGCCGGUUGGCUGCUGAACAGUUCAAGAAAACAAGUCUUCAUGUGGCUAAGAGUGUUUUGAACAAUAGACACAUAGUGAAGAUGCUGGAAAAAUACCUCAAGGGUGAGGACCCUUUCACCAAUGAAACUGUUGAUCCAGAAAUGGAAGGAGAUGACAACUUAGGAGGUGAAGAUAAGGAAGAGACACCUGAGGAGGUGGCUGCAGAAGUCUUGGCCGAGGUGAUUACAGCAGCAGUGAAGGCUGUAGAUGGGGAAGGAGUGCCCUCUCCAGAGAUUAGUGAAGUGCCAGUCAAAGUGGAAGGCCCCAUGGACACAGUGGAGGCCAGCAGUGAUGUCCAGGCUGAACAACCUCUAGAAGAAGAGGUGCCCUGUGGAACAGCUUCUGGGAAGGGGACCAUUGAAGCCAGAAGUGAGGCUGAGACACUGGCAGCUGAGGCAGAAAAUGUAGGGACUGCAGCUGCUCCUGCCCCACCUGCCGCGGAAGCCAAAGUGGAACAAACUGAUGCAGAGUCCAAAGAUGAUAUUCCCAUAGAAUGAUCUUCAUUUCCCUGUUUCAAGGGACAUAUUAUAUACUGCAUUGCUUUUUCUUUGGUUUGUAAGCAGUACUAGGGUGUGUAUUAUUGGAAUAUGCUCUAAACUAAUUGGUGAAGAGACCUAGCCAUUUCCUUCUGAACAGUGUACCUCAUGGGCUUGUUUUAUACAAGCUUUUAAACUCAGCCAGGGUUUAAAAGCUGCAGAAGUUGUACAUUCCCCCCCAAGCAGCUGUUAUGUAUCCAUUACAAUGCAGUUGCAAUAAUUAAUAAAGAUUGGAUGAUCAGCCCUUGA